AUGUCAGCGGACGCCAAAACAACUGUGCCGCUACCAGCUGGGUCGACGUCAGUACUGGCCAAGCCGACCAAAUAUCACUAUUACCCACACAAUCAACACAUCUAUUUAUUGCCAGAAUGCGCAAUACAGCAGGUAUGUAACGCAGUGUAUGUGCGACUCAACUACACGCAGCCUCUGUGUGCGUGCCCGGCAAGGUACCGGGACCCGUGUUCUGCUAGCUUGAACGCCGACGACCUGCAUACUACGCGUCUCACCACGGAUUCCAAAAAGAAGUACGCGUACAAAGCAGUUACACUGGUGAAGACAUGCGAAGCAGUGUCAGAGAUGCGAGAGUGCAGAGCACCCAGAGACUGGUCACUACUAGCGCUGCAAAAUAUCAGGACCGGCAAGUCGCACUACCUGGUCAUAUGCCGGUGUCCAGAGAACCACAUACUAGAAGGCCCAAUGUCACACGACCAGCCGACGUACGCAUCAGUGCCCGGCAUCAGAGUGUAUGGAAUGAUGUGCGUGCGACCCAGUCCCAAUUACCAUUCAGGGUACAACACGAACAGAUUUUCAAAUGGGGGCGUACAAAGUACUACGAGUACUUACAAAGUGGACUAUUCUCAACCGCACCCGUUCCCGGAGAAACCAGUCUACAACCGCUACCAUUCCCAUAGUUACUCGGAGCCGUCGUACUACAACAGGCGAAGCAGACUCUCGCGUUCGAGACGAGCGAUUUUGGAAUACCCCCCUUUCCCAUGGUACAAAGUAAAAGAAUUAGCUCGGUCAUUACAUUGGAUCGACUAGAACAAAACCUGAUGUAGCAUUAGAAAAGUAUGUUGGGUUCAAAAAGGCCAGACUGCAGUGAUCGCUUCUUUCGCACCAGCUUCAGUUCCGAAUCGAACAAUCUGGUUCUGAAACGGAACUGAAUUGAACAGGGAUAUAAUAUGCCUCUCUGAAUUCAACGCAAACUUGAACUAACAUAUCGAAACGCUUUCGCUUUACGUAUCCGUAACUAGAUUUAAAGAUAAAAUCGAAUGCUUCCUUAUUAAAUCUUCCCAUUCUAAACAUAGGUUUAGAAUGUCGAAAGUUCUUUUACGCCUAUGGAAUACUCAUUACAGCUGCAUUUAUAGAUAUAAUCAUUCAUAUAAAACUUAAUACGAUUGUUAUUUGAGGUCAAUCUGUAUUUGAAGAGUGAAAGCGUAAAUGUACAUGAACGAGUGAGGUGUUGUGAAUAUUCAGAUAGGUUCAAAGUAUAUUCAUACCCGUGUAUUUUCAAAAUUGAGACGCCGGGAAGUGCUAUGUCACGAAUAGAACUCGAGAUUCGAAUUUAGUACCUUAAUCAUUGUUGUCAUUGUCUACACUGCAAACCGGUUUCGAUAUUCGACUCUGUCUCGCUCACUCAUUUGGGAAUGCUGGUAUGAGUCUAGAUUUUUAUUCUUUUAUCUUGUGGGUCGUAACAACUGAACACCAUCCUGUAAAAUCUUCUAACCAACUUGUAAAAGUAGUUAUUUUUUACACACAUAGUGCAGCCUACUACCGGGAAUCGAACCCUGAACCUAAAUUAAAUUUUCAUACCACGUGCUCCAUAGAGGCUACUACGAGCGUGUGAGACGUAUAAAACAUAAUUACACCGUUUUGCAGUAUAGACCUUCAUAUUUAUACUCACAUAUCAAUUAACUUCUAUUUUAGGAAUAUUAUUUGCCAGACAUUUAGACGUAACCAUGACUAUAGUAUUAAGGUUUGAUUCGAAAACAUUACGCGAACAAAAAUCGAACAAAUGUGUCCCCACCAAGGCAUGAUGAUUGUUUUUAUUUCAACGAUAUUGAAUGUAGAGUCGAUCUACGGUGGGACUUUUGACAUUUACACAUGUACUUACACUGUAAAUAUUGACAGCAAUAUGACUAUGUAUUGGCAAAUAUUUAUGUUUCCUAAACAUGAUAGUGGCUCCCUCUUCCUUCAUUUUGCCAGAUAACGAUUUAAACCAUCUUUUAAAAUUUGAUAACACGCGACACUUUUUUUCGUAUUUUUUUUUUGCUAUUAACAAUUAAAUGUAUUAACACUAUUGCAGUUUGUCAUAAGUGCCAUCGUUGACUCUACAAAAUUGACCGUAACAAGGUCUUGAAUGAACUAUUUUAUUAAUAAUGUAAGAAUGUACACGAGACAAUGUGAUAAGUGAUUCAGUGGAAUUUGUGUAAUUUUUCGAUGCAUUUAUAGCUAUUUAAGAAUUAAUUUAUAGUUGAUACAGUAUUUAUUUAAGUAAACCAUAUUUAUACUUAGACGAUUACGAUGUAAAUAGUAGUGUUAAUUACAAUAUUUGUAAUUACGAAAAAUUAAAGCUAA